AUGAGAGUGGCGGUGGUGGGUGCGGGCAUCACCGGGCUGACGUCCACCAAGUGCUGCCUGGAUGAAGGGCUGGAGCCCACCUGCUUCGAGCAGAGCAAGGACAUCGGGGGGCUCUGGCGCUACACGGAGCACAUUGAGGCCAGCCGGCCAAGCCUCUACCCAUCAGUUGUCAGCAACACCUCCAAGGAGAUGUCGGCGUUUCCCUACCCUGAGGACUUCCCGGUGUUCCUGCCCAACGCCCGGCUGCUGGAAUACCUCCGGCGCUACACUGAGCACUUUGGCCUCCAAAAGCACAUCAAGUUUGGGACCACUGUUGUCAGCAUCCGGAAACGUCCCGAUUUUGCCACCACGGGCCAGUGGGAUGUGGUUACGGAGGCGGAUGGGAAGCAGACAUCGCACAUCUUUGACGCCGUUAUGGUUUGCACUGGCAAUUUCCACGAGCCAUCCCUCCCCCUGCACGCUUUCCCUGGCAUCGAGAAGUUCCAAGGGCAGUACUUUCACAGCCGCCAGUACAAGCAUGCCGAUGUGUUUCAGGGGAAGCGCGUCCUCGUGGUCGGCAUGGGCAAUUCGGGAGUGGACAUCGCAGUGGAAGCCAGCCGUGUAGCUACAAAGGUGACCAUUUGCACCCGUCGAGGUGCCUGGGUGAUCAGCCGUGUGUUUGACCACGGCUACCCGUGGGACAUGGUGUUCAACACUCGCCUUAUGAACCUGAUCAGAAACAUCCUCCCUGGACCCCUUUCUCGGGGGUUGGUUAACUACAGGGUGAACCAGUGGUUCAAGCAUGAAAACUAUGGUCUUCAGCCGGAGAAGAGCCCCCAGAUGCGCGAGCCCGUGCUGAACGAUGACCUGCCCAGCUACAUCCUGACAGGGAGGAUCACCAUCAAGCCAGGGGUGAAGGAGUUCAAGGAAAACUCGGUUGUCUUCCACAAUUGUCCUGAGGAGGAGCCCAUUGAUAUCGUCGUCUUCUGCACAGGCUACAAUGUCUCCUUCCCAUUCCUAGAAGAAACCGACGUCAAGGUGGAAAACAAGCAUGCAUCCCUCUACAAAUACAUAUUCCCAACCCAUCUGCAGAGGCCCACCCUGGCCAUCCUUGGGCUGAUCAAGCCCUUAGGAGCCAUCAUGCCUGUGACAGAGAUGCAAGCGCGCUGGGUGACCCGUGUCUUCAAAGGCUUGUGUCGGUUGCCGCCUCAAUCUGUCAUGGAGAAAGAAGUAAACGAGAAGAAGAAAAACAGAGUGCGAUGGUUUGGUCUGUCCUAUGACGAAGUCCUCAAAGUGGAUUGCCUGGUCUACAUGGACAUGCUCGCUUCCUUCAUCGGCGCCAAGCCCAGCGUGCCGGGGCUGCUCUGCACAGACCCCCGCCUGGCCCUCUCAGUUUUUUUUGGCCCCUGCAGCCCCUACCAGUACCGGCUGGGGGGCCCCGGGCGCUGGGAGGGGGCACGCCAGGCCAUUCUCACCCAGUGGGACCGGACCCUGAAGCCCACGAGAACACGAGUCCCUGCAAGAUCCUCCAGCUCCUGCCCUUCUCUCCUGACUGUAGUGGGGUUCUUCCUGCUCCUGGCUGCUGUGGUUUUUGGUUUCCAGUAG